ACUGCCACAAUCACAGCGCGAACUGUGUUUGACAGCUUGUUGGACAAAUGAAAGGAGGCCGAACAUUCGCGAAAGCCAAUAGGAACCCAGAGAGGGGGUGUUCUUCCGCACGAGGUUUAGAAUGGCUGCCACCACGAAACAAUCGGUUGCGAAAAGCCGCAGAACAUUUCCUAAUGUAAUUUGCAGUCGGGCGAUGGCUAAAAACAUGUACUGGGUAUUUAUAUCUAUUAUUGUUAUGACAAAUCGAUGUUGGGGUGACGAUGGGCACGAAAUGGAGGAGUUUCUGAAGAGAGAGCACUCGUUGACCAAGCCAUAUCAAGCGGUCGGGUCCUCCAUCUCGUCCCACUGGGAGCUGAUGGGCGACGCCAUGACGACCACGGAGCAGGUGCGGCUGACGCCGGACAUGCAGAGCAAGCAAGGAGCGGUGUGGAACCGCAUCCCCUGUCACCUGAAGGACUGGGAGCUACAGGUGCACUUCAAAAUUCACGGCCAAGGAAAGAAGAAUUUGAACGGCGACGGGCUGGCAGUGUGGUACACUAAGGAGCGCAUGCAGAAAGGUCCGGUGUUUGGGAAUACAGACUUUUUCACCGGGCUGGGGGUGUUCGUGGACACUUACCCCAACGAAGAGAAACACCUAGAGGCGCAGAAGAGGAGGUACACCCCACGCACGCAGAGGAUAUUCCCCUACGUGUUGGCGAUGGUGGGGAACGGCACGCUGGGCUAUGACCACGAGAGGGACGGGCGGCCCACGGAGCUGGGGGGCUGCACCGCCAUGGUGCGCAACCUGAAGCACGACACCUUCCUCUUCAUCAGAUACGUGCGCCGGAGGCUGACGAUCAUGAUUGACAUUGAUGGGCAGCACGAGUGGAGGGAUUGCCUGGACAUCCCGGGGGUGAAGCUGCCUGAGGGGUACUACUUCGGUGCCUCGGCCAUCACCGGAGACCUGUCGGAUAACCAUGACAUGAUCUCGAUGAAGCUGUACCAGCUCACCGUGCUGCGCAGUAAGCAGGAGGAGGAGGAAGAGGAGGAGAUUCUCAUUCCCAGCGUGGACAACCUGGAGCUGCUGAGGGGGGAUGUGAGUGAAGGAGGAAUGAGUGGGUUAGCCUUGUUCUUCACCGUGCUCUUCUCCCUGCUUGGCUGCUUCCUGCUCCUGGUCAUCGGCCUGGUCCUGUACAGCCACUGGAGCGAAAACAGCCGCAAGCGCUUCUACUGAGACACAGCAAAGGGAGAGAGAGAGAGAAGGAGAGAAAUGGAGGGAGGAAGAGGGAGCACAAGAGGCCGCCAUUACUGCUGCAUCCAGAGGAUAACCGGUUCUGCACUGAGACACUUUGACCAGAGCAGCUGACCCUGAUCUUCACAGCUGAGGGACAAGAGACUGUGAGAGAGAUUAAGAGACAGAUCGCCAUGACUACUGUUGCCAGGGAGAGAAAAAAAAAAAGUUUCUCGUUGCACUGAAGAGCUGUGAUGGGCUUUACUGACCUUAAUCAUCAUGACUGAGAAAGAGAGAGAGAGACUGAGGGCGAGGUGGGCGGGAGAAAAGUUUGGGGGAAGAGUGUGUUAUUGUGUGUUGUGCUAGCUCACAGAGAGGAGAACUUUGAGAACGACUGCCUUCAGCCCUGUCCCAG